AGCUGUACAGAAUUUUGGCAAAAAUUUCAAGGAAGUUUCAAAAAAAUACAGAAGUAAAGUAGUAAUUAUUAAUUUUUUUUAAACGAGGGAACCACCAGUAGCAUCCUUUUGUUUUCCCUAUUUUUGAUGCUGCUAGCGCUUCGUUUUGUUUCCUUUCGUUUAACAACCUCGGACGUUGCAAGGCUGCUUCAUUGGCCUGGCCCGCACUCGCUCUGUUUCAUCGCAGAUUCUGGACGGAGUUCCAGUGAUCCGUCUCUCUCUGGUCGGCGUCCUCGUCGUCGGAAUCCCCGCAAUAAAUGAAUCCCGAAUACGUCCCCGUGGCAUUCGUUCCGUCGAAUAUAUUGAAGGUGAAUUGUUCCUGCUGCUGCGAUCCGGAUCGCUGCAGCGACGGCGGCGUCUCCGGCGUGUUCGAGUUGCCGGCCUCCGGAGCCGGUCCGUUUUCGUUGCGAUCGGGGGACGCCGUUCCCGCGUCCUUUUCUUCGGCGUCGUCAAAGUUGAAAAUGAACUCCGAGCUCUGGAUAUGGGCAGAGGGCUUGGGCUCCUGCGACCCGGCAUUGGACCCGGCCUGGCUCGCCGAAACGGCAUCGGCCGUAAAGUAUCGGUACAUCAGCAGUGUCCAAAAGAAAAAGAGCGCGUAAUUUAUUUCGGCGAACACCCGAACGGGCAGAAUGUCGUCGAACGGGAAGACAAUAAAGAUCAUCCGGAAGACGAAAAACGGCGUUAUCACCCAAUACAACACCAGAAGAUAGAUGCAGGACUGCUUCCGAACCUGCCCAGAUUGCAUAACGCACACUAGUUCCGUCUGUGGAUUCUCUAGUUGUCGUUGUUCCCGCUUCUUGAUCUUGUAAUACAACGCAACCAUCAAGCCGGUUGAAAUCCCCACUAUAAGCACCAUGGGAAACAAGAAAAACCAGAACAUUUCUAGCGGUCCGUGGCUAUCGGGCCCCCGCUCGCAGGCUAGGUUCUCAUCGGUAGAGCAACCCAAAGGAUGGCUUGUUUGUCGACAAAAACUAUAGCCAGGAUUGAACCCCUCCACGGCGAGAAAAUAAAAGGCAAACGAGAAGGGAAUGCCGUGUGCAAUGGCGUGAAUCCACUUUUCGCAGGCCGCAUACUUCUUCUUGUCAAAGUUGUUCAGCACCCCCAAGAAACUGAACAAGGAAAGGCAGGCGUAGUAGAAUACCCCCGUCCGGAUCGAAACGUAUAUUAUAAAGCCCUGGGCGGUGCAGGUUUCGAUCGUCCCCACGUUCUGGGAAUAGCCCACGUAACCAUACUCCUCCCCCGGUAUGGCCAGAGCACCUAUCAUGUAACAAAUCCCGUAUAACAAUCCAUGGAACGACAUUCCUGAUCAAAACAAAAAAGAAAUGUCAGAGACAAUGAUACCAGAAACGCAAGGGCAGAAAAUUCGAAAACGGCACAAUGGCUACGAAUUACAUUUCACCAUUUAUUUCGUUGUCCAUCCAUCCGUCCAUUCAUUCAUACCGUGCUAGCCCGCGGUAUUGGUUCCUGCUUAAAACACAAAGGACUUACCCAGCACUAUGCGGUGGAAGAGAUGGCUGCGUUUGCUCCACGCCAAGGAAAUCAUGCACAUCGAGCUAGCGAACGCAACGGCCCCGGUAACACGAGGGUACCACAGCAGGGUCAGCUUCAUGCUUUCGGAGAGUGCAAGCGGACUCUCUCCAACGGAAACCGACGAAUCCGCCACCAAAUCGCCCUGUAGGACCGAUCCGCUCAUCGUGUACAGUAACAGUGUAUCGUUGACUGGUGUUGUGUCUAUGUUUCGAUUUGGUUUGCUGUUUUUUGGUUUGGUUUGUUGUUUCGUUCUAUUGGAUGCGAUUCAAUGUUGCCGGUGCGCUUGACCAAAAGCACAAGUGACUUAUCGCAACUUCGAUAUUGCCAGUAAUUCGACCAAGACAACAAUCUGCAAUUGACAGAUCAUACGGCAAUGUACUUUGUUCGUUGCUGUUUAAAUGAAAGUAUUUACGCGAA